GAGAAUGAGCUCCAGGGUGCAGACCAAGCGGGCCUGAUGAUCUGUAAGCUGGGUGGGCCGGUGCCAAGAUCAUACUCAAUAUUGGGCCUGAGAUUGAGGGCCUUUGAUGCAACUCCCGAACGAAAACGGCAUAUUCAGAAGCCCAAAACCUUUCCGGAAACAAGAAGUGGAAUAGGCAGAGAGAGAGAGGGAUUUUGGGUCUCUUCGAUCAGUAGUAAGGGUUUUACUUGUUUGUGCUUUGCUAGUUGCUACACACACUUUCUCCCGAGCUUCUCGCAGGGUUUUCAUUUUAGGGUUCGGCAGAGACUGAAAAGAUUGAACAUAAUUGUCAGAGGUCCAGCAAUGGAGGUGAUUACGGAAGGAGUGAAUAACUUGGCCGUCGCUGAUUCAGCUGCUCCAGGAUACCAGAGGAACAGAAUCCAAGUUUCCAACACCAAAAAGCCUCUCUUUUUCUACGUCAAUCUCGCCAAGAGGUAUAUGCAGCAGUUCAAUGAAGUGGAGCUUUCCGCUCUUGGGAUGGCUAUUGCCACCGUUGUUACUGUUGCCGAGAUCUUGAAGAAUAAUGGCUUUGCAAUUGAGAAGCGAAUCACGACUUCGACUAUUGACAUGAGGGAGGAUGCUGCAGCUCGUCCGAUUCCAAAACCAAAGAUUGAAAUCAUGCUGGGAAAGUCGGAGAAGUUUGAUGAGUUGAUUGCUGCUGCUAAAGAAGAAGAUGAAGAAGAGAACCUUGAGGAGAGCUCAGCUUAGUCGAAAUAAAUCUGUCAAACUUCC